AUGUGGUCAUAUAACUGUGAUGCUCCUCUGGCGUCCUCCUUGCCCCGGGCUUCCUUCACCAGUUCCUCAGAGCUGUCUAGUAGCCAUGGCCCUGGCUUUGCAAGUCUUAAUCGCAGGGAUGGAGCUGGUGGCUGGUCGCCUCUGGUGUCAAAUCAAUACCAGUGGCUGCAGAUUGACCUUGGAGAGAGAAUGGAGGUCACAGCCGUGGCCACCCAGGGAGGGUACGGGAGCUCCGACUGGGUGACCAGCUACCUCCUGAUGUUCAGCGACGGCGGGAGAAGCUGGAAGCAGUAUCGCCGAGAGGAGAGCAUCUGGGGUUUUCCAGGAAACACAAAUGCAGACAGCGUGGUACACUAUAGACUCCAGCCGACCUUCGAAGCCAGAUUCCUGCGCUUCCUCCCCUUAACCUGGAACCCCAAAGGCAGGAUUGGGAUGCGGAUUGAAGUGUAUGGAUGUGCCUACAGAUCUGAGAUGGUUCAUUUUGAUGGGAAGAAUUCUUUGCUGUACACAUUUAAUCAUAAAUCCAUAAAUCCAAUCAAAGAAGUUAUUUCUCUGAAAUUUAAAACCAGAGAGAACAAUGGGAUUCUACUCCACAGAGAAGGACCAGAUGACAAACACAUCACCCUGGAGUUAGUUAAAGGAAAACUCAUCUUAUUCCUUAAUUCAGGUCGUGCUAGCUCGCCCUCACCGGAUGCCCUCAUGCUGGGCAGUUUGCUGGAUGAUGAGCACUGGCAUUCUGUUCUCAUUGAGCUCCUCAAUACAGAUGUCAACUUCACUGUGGACACGCACACUCAUCGUUUUCGGGCGAAAGGAGAGUCCAGCUAUGUGGAUCUCGAUUAUAAGGGAAACGUGUCCUUCUCCUGCUCACACACGCAGACUGUCCCCGUGACUUUUCUGAGCUCCAAGAGUCACUUGGUGCUGCCGGGCACUUCCGGAGAGGACAAAGUGUCUGUGAUCUUCCAAUUUCGAACAUGGAACAGAGCAGGACUGCUGCUGGCCAGUCAGCUUCAGCAUAGGUCAGGAGCUCUCAUCCUUGUUCUUAGUGAUGGAAAACUCAAGCUGAGUCUCUCCCAGCCGGGACAUCCAGCCAGGGACAUCACAGCAGGUGCUGGAUUAAAUGAUGGGCAGUGGCAUUCUGUGUCUUUAUCUGCAAGAGGGAAUCACCUGAGUGUGAUGGUGGAUGGUGAGGCAGCCUCCAUGGCUCAUUCCUUGCAUGGGCAGAUUGAGUCAGGUGACACCUACUAUUUGGGGGGCUGUCCUGACAACAGCAGCUCUCAUCCUGGAUGUGCUGUUUCCGCGGGUGGAUUUCAGGGCUGCCUGAGGCUCAUUUCCAUCGGCGACGAAGCAGUGGAUCCCAUCUCCGUUCAGCAGGGGACGCUAGGGAGUUUCCGUGACCUCCAGAUAGACACCUGUGGCCUCACAGACAGGUGUUUGCCCAGCUAUUGUGAACAUGGGGGUGAAUGUUCCCAGUCCUGGAACACCUUCUCCUGCGACUGUGCACACACGGGUUACACGGGCGCAACUUGCCACUCCUCUCUCUACGAGCAGUCAUGCGAAGCCUACUGGCACAGAGGCAACUCUUCAGGGCUCUAUUAUAUCGACUCAGAUGGAAGUGGCCCUCUGGAACCAUCCCUGGUAUAUUGCAACAUGACAGACACUACGUGGACCUCAGUGCACCAUAACGGCUCCCACUUGGUCAGGGUCAAAAGCUUGAAUGGAGAAAGCCCCCAUCCGGUAUUUUUCAAGUACAUGGCCAGCAUGGACCAGCUCCAGACCAUCAUUGGCUAUGCGGACAACUGCCAACAGGAACUGACUUUCCACUGCAAGAAGUCAAGGCUUUCAACUCCCCAAGAUGGAACCCCAGUGAGCUGGUGGGUUGGAAGAACCAAUGAAACACACACUUACUGGGGAGGUUCUCAGCCUGAUGCUCAAAAAUGUACUUGUGGAUUAGAGGGGGACUGCAUUGAUUCUCAAUAUUACUGCAACUGUGAUGCUGACCGGAAUGAAUGGACCAGCAACACAGUAGUCCUUUCCCAUAAGAAGUACCUGCCGGUUACUCAGGUUGUGAUGAGAGGCAGAGGGCGGCCACAUUCUGAAGCGGCUUAUACACUGGGCCCUCUGCUCUGCUCAGGGGACAAUUCAUUUUGGAAUUCAGCUUCCUUCAACACUGAGACUUCAUACCUUCAUUUCCCCACGUUCCGAGGAGAGCUUAGUGCUGACGUAUCUUUCUUUUUUAAGACCACAGCCUCUUCAGGGGUGUUUUUAGAGAACCUGGGAAUCACAGACUUCAUCAGGCUAGAGCUGCGCGCCCCAACAGAAGUAACCUUUUCCUUUGAUGUGGGGAAUGGGCCUUGUGAGGUCACGGUGCAGUCUCCCACUGCCUUUAAUGACAAUCGGUGGCACCACGUGAGGGCAGACCGGAACGUUAAAGAAGCGUCCCUUCAAGUGGGUCAGCACCCUCGCAAGACCCAACCUGCCCCAGCUGACGGGCACACCCGCUUGCAGCUCAACAGCCAGCUUUUCGUGGGUGGAACCGCAAGCCGACAGAGAGGCUUCCUAGGGUGCAUUCGGUCUCUGCGAUUGAACGGGCUGGCCCUGGAUCUGGAAGAAAGAGCCACAGUGACCCCAGGAGUGGAGCCAGGGUGCCCAGGACACUGCAGCACCUACGGCCAUCUGUGUCACAACGGAGGGAGGUGUAGAGAAAAGCGCAGAGGGAUCUCGUGUGACUGCACCUUCUCUGCGUACGACGGGCCGUUCUGCGAGAACGACAUUUCUGCCUAUUUUGGAGCUGGCUCCUCAGUGAUCUACAACUUUCAAGAACAUUACAAUGACACCUUUAGCAAGAACUCCAGCUCCUUCACGGCUUUAUUUCAUGAGGAUCUGACACUGACAGGAGAAAUGGCCACACUUAGCUUCCGGACCACAGGGACACCCAGCUUACUGCUCUAUGUGAGCUCAUUCUACGAGGAAUACCUUUCAGUCAUCCUUGCCCCAAACGGAAGUUUGCAGAUCAGGUAUAAGCUAGACAGACACCGAGAACCUGAUGUUUUUAAUUUUGGUUUUAAAAACUUGGCUGAUGGGCAGCUUCACCAUGUGAGGAUUAACAGAGAAGCAGCAGUGAUGUUUGUAGAGGUUAACCAGAAUGCACGGAGACAAGUCAGCCUGUCUUCAGGGACAGAAUUCAAUGCUGUCAAGUCCCUUAUGUUGGGGACAAUUUUAGAGCCCCUCGGCGCGGACCCGGACACGCUGCGGGCGGGCGCGCGCGGCUUCACCGGCUGCCUUUCCGCGGUGCGCUUCGGGCCCGCGGUCCCUCUGAAGGCGGCGCUGCGCGCUGGCGGCCGCGCCCGGGUCACCGUCCGCGGACACGUGGCCCCCGCGCCCGGCUGCGCGGAUGGGGCGGGGCCCGGAGCCCCGGCGCGGGAGGCCACCCGCCCUCUCGCCGGCGGUGCAGGUCGUUCUGGACCAACAGAUGAGGGACAGCCCUUAGUUAAUGCGGACAGAAGUGACUCCGCGGUCAUCGGAGGCGUGAUAGCGGUUGUGAUGUUCCUUUUGCUCUGCACUACUGCCAUUGCCAUACGCAUUUAUCAACAGAGGUGGCUAUACCAAAAGAAUGAAACAAAUAUUCCCAAAACUGGAGACAAUGCUGAAACUGCUCUGAAAAGUGAGCUCAACAUGCAAUGUACAGUCAGUGAAAGCCAGAAAGAGUAUUUCUUCUGAUCUGCUGUUGUGACUUGCUGAUCACUGUGAUGCUGUGACUUUCUUGCUAAGCCAGGGGCUCCCAGGGCAUGAAACCCACCUGUUGUCCUCCUGGGACAGGCGGGUGGGGGUCCUGCGCCACCAGCUUGCUCACAGAUGGUCCCUGGAGGCUCUGCUCAGCGCUCCUUGAUCCAUUGAUGUCACAGUGACUUGGCGUGCCCAUUCGUCACUGAUUGGCAGUUUCUGACGGUUCCAACUUCAUCUUCUGA